AUGUCCUCAACCAGUAAGUCAGAGGAACCGGCAUGAGGCUCCCUUCGUUCCUCAAUCCCACUAGACAACCUUUGACCAGAAGGGGCAGAGGAAGAGAAGGAGCUGCUGGAUGGUGAUGCGUCUGGGGAAGGGAGGCUGGGGGAGCAGAGGCAGAAGAGAAAUGUCCACCUGGUGUGACCUCACAAGCUUCCAGGGUGACUUUUAUAAAACACGGUGAAUCACGCUAGUCUCACAGCCUCAUCCCUCCAGGUUUGGACGGAAACCGACCAUGGUCAACCAAAGCUCUCCAGCGGGCUUCCUCCUUCUGGGCUUCUCUGAACAUCCAGGGCUGGAAAAGAUUCUCUUCAUGGUUGUCUUAACUUCCUACCUCCUGACCCUGGCCGGCAACACCCUCAUCAUCCUGCUCUCUGUGCUGGACCCCAGGCUCCACUCUCCAAUGUACUUUUUCCUCUCCAACCUCUCCUUCUUGGACCUCUGCUUUACCACAAGUUGUGUCCCCCAGAUGCUGGUCAAUCUCUGGGGCCCAAAGAAGACCAUCAGCUUCCUGGGCUGCUCUGUCCAGCUCUUCAUCUUCCUGUCCCUGGGGACCACUGAGUGCAUCCUCCUGACAGUGAUGGCCUUUGACCGCCAUGUAGCUGUCUGCCAGCCCCUCCACUAUGUCACCAUCAUGCACCCCCGCCUGUGCUGGCAACUGGCAUCUGUGGCCUGGGUUAUUGGACUGGUGGAAUCAGUGGUCCAGACACCACCGACCCUUCGCCUACCCUUCUGCCCCCACCGGCAGGUGGAUGACUUUGUCUGUGAGGUUCCAGCUCUAAUUAGACUCUCCUGUGGAGACACCACCUACAAUGAGAUCCAGAUGGCAAUUGCUAGUGUCCUCAUCUUGGUCGUGCCCCUCAGCCUCAUCCUUGUCUCUUAUGGUGCCAUUGCCAGGGCAGUGCUGAGGAUUAAUUCUGCCAUAGCAUGGAGAAAGGCUUUGGGGACCUGCUCCUCCCAUCUCAUUGUGGUCACCCUCUUCUACAGCUCAGUCAUUGCUGUCUAUCUCCAGCCCAAAAAUCCUUAUGCCCGAGAGAGGGGCAAGUUCUUUGGUCUCUUCUAUGCAGUGGGCACUCCUUCACUUAACCCUCUCAUAUACACCCUGUGGAACAAGGAGGUAAAGAGGGCAUUCAGGAGGUUGCUGGGGAAAGAAGUGGAGCCCAGAGUAAGCUAGGGAGAGCUGCUUAGUGUGCUUUAAAAUUGCAAAGAGAUUCUACAUGCUUUUACCAGGACAUUUGAGCUCCCCACCC